CUUUCUCUUUCUCCUUUCUCACCCUCUCCUCUCCCCACAUCUCCUUCCUUCUAGUCACGCCCCCCCCCCCCCGUCAUCUUCCUCUGUCUCAUGCACACUUAGGACCCCUCCAUCCCUGUUUUCCCCUCGUUCCUCGUUGUGACAUGUGGAAUUGUGGGUAGUUGUCAACAGACUUUCUUUAUCUUGUACAGAAACGCCAUGUAUAGACCACAGUGGCAGUGUCUGUUUAUAUCAAAUUUGUUUGUGUCUGUGGGGGGGGGGCAUUUUUUUGUUAUAUUAUUGACAUUAUUUGUAUGUUUGGGUUUUUUUUUUUGCCUAAAGAGGAAAAUUUGAGGGGGAUGAGGCAAAAGAGAUCCUCUUCGUAAGAAUCCAUAAGUGAUAAUUGUUGUUCUUAAUGAUUUUUGUUGUUGUCUUAAUUUGUAUUUUUUUUUGACACUUGAAGUGGAGGGUGUAAUUUGUAAUCAUUUCAACGAUCUCACUUCUUGACAUCACUGAUGUGUGCAGGGCAGUGUUUCACCUGUUGUGUGGGGGGUGGGGCGUGUAUUAAAUGGGCUUGUUGUCUGGGUCAUGGUGUUUUGAUGAUCAUGACGAUGAGAACCAAUCAAGAUCGUGGUCCGUGGUAGACUGUUAAGACCUGCCCACCUGCCUGACUCUCUCCUCUUCCCCCACUGGUGAACUUGGUAAUCGUAAUUGUUCCACCCUCCCGCCCCGGAUCCCAGCCCUUAUAAGUCACCUUGUAAGUCAGCUUGUCAUUUUUUCUAUUACCCGAAAGAUGGGCUGCCGACUUUUGCUCAAAAAUCGCACAGGACUGUCAGGCUAAGACACGCCCCCUCAUCCCACCUGCCUGCGCGGCUCUGCUCCUGUGACGAGGGCCUGCCUCCCAAACUGUCGCCAAACUGGUAGGCCUUCGCUCAGCUUCCCUCUCCGCCAUGGCCAGCCCGACUACGCCCUGUCACCUCUCCUGCUCACUGGUGUGUCUCGUACAAACUGGAACCCUCUGGAAGACGGGCAUCCCCGCGAAGGGACACUGGAAGCUGAGCAUUCAUCCACGUCCGCUAUCCAGUGCGCAGCUGCUGUACACCAGGUGGUGCCAGCCCAUCUGCUAUCCAGUGUGCAGCUGCUGUACUCCAGGUGCCAGCUCUGUAUUUGAGAAUGGCCUCGGGGGGGGGGGGGGGGUGUGGGAUUUGAACCAAGCCUUUGUCAGGUUCUCCUCAUCUGGGCUACCCCCACUUCGCCUUCUGAUUCGUUCCUUUUGUCCCUGGUGGGGCAUGUAUGUACCCUGUCUACCCCCCCCGGCCCCCCACCCCCCCUCCAUUCUGUACCCACUUUGUUUCUCGUUCUGUGUUUUGUAUGUAUUCUUCAUUAUUUUUGUUUUGUUUCGUUGAACUACGAAAAUACUGAAGUGCGACAAAAAUACCAACCAAACUAAGAUUAAUAAAUAUAUAUAAAUAAAGUAAUAAUUGAAAAAGUAAACGUGUAAAGUGAGUCCCAAGCCAUGUGUAAGAGGCGAGCGUGUGUGUGCGUGUGUGUCCACAUUUCGCGUGUCGUGCGAUGGUCCUGUCGAGUGCGACUGGAGGAAUAUGUGAAAUGAGGCUUUUACAGCGCGUAGCUAAACACGGUGCUCACCAUCACUGUACACACUUUGCGGAAAAGAGAAGAAAACUGAGUGAAUGUGCAGAUAACAGUUGUUAUAUAAUCAGUCAAUUAAGUGAUGGUCCUGUCAACUGAUUUUUUUUUUAUUUCCGAAGAAGAAACGUGCCAAUGUGAAAAUGUAAUGAUGUCACUCGAAUUAAGGUACUGUGCUCUGCAUGGACAGAGGUCGAUAUGAAAGGUAAAUUGAAAAGAAUUACAAAUACCCCGGAUUCCCUUAUGUACAUUCCAGUUAUAUGUAAUUUCCCGUCAAGCCAAUCAUGUUGUUGUUUAUGAAAGAUGAAAAUUUGUGGAAGAUAUUGUGAAGGAAAAACUAAUUUAAAUGAAUGACAGUUAAAAAGAAAUAGGUAAAUGAUACAUAAGCAUCUCUGAUAACUUUGUGAUUUUAGCGUCGACCGUGUCCUUUGGAGCACGAGUGCUGCACAAACGGGAAAACGAUGUCCUCGUCCCACCACUGAAAUUCCCCUUCCUCACCACUGCACCUCUCUGGAAGCAGCUGCUUCUGCCUGCUCAAAUCUGCACUGCAGUGCCUCUUCAGGCCAAAGCAGUAGAGCCCCAGGUGUAACCCUGUGAGUUUAUCUGUUAAAGGGCGGAGGAUGGUGACAGGAAAUUGCUUUCCUGAUUCCCCUGGGCCUUGACAGGCAGCUCAUCCUUUCCGCGGCCCCGGUGAUUGUUAAUGGGUCAUGGCUAAACUUAGACGAGAGCGGAGCAGCCCUUACGGAUACGCGCUCCUCUCUACUCCCCCCCCUCCCCUUUUUUUUUGAGUGUGUGGCAACAGCAUGACUGCCUGCGUCAGCUGUUCGAGGUGGGAAGUGGGUCGUUGCAUGAAGGAGAAGGUAUGCGGGGAAGUGGGCAAGCAGAGAAUCUCCCUCUGUAGAAGGUGCACAGGUAAUGUACCACAGAUGGGGUCUAGAGCAAGCAGUAACUGUAAGUAUGUGUGUUCAUUUACAGUACAACUCGCAUAGUGUGUGUGUGUUUUUUUCUCUGAACCGCCCUAUUAAAUGUGCAUCUCUUUCAUUUGUUUAUAACGGCAUCACCUCCAGCCCUGCUGAUCAUUACCGCUUAGCUUCUAAUUAGGGGAAUUGAUUUCAUCUUCCUGAGUGUCGGAAUCCUCUAGGCUGGCAGCUUGAAUCCGUGUUUCAGUUCGGCUUCAUUUAUUUUAUCGUUUUCACGCAGGACAGCGGUUCCCCCUUUGGUAGAGCUGCACGACACAUGAUACCGUAAACAGAUUUCACUUUGCGGCUGAAGCCCCGACAGGCUUGUUUGUCUCAACGAUGCUAGAGGAGGGAAGCUUUACAGCGUUCGGAUUCCAGGAGAGCCAUUUCGGAUUGAACUGUGUGUGUGUGUGUGUGUGUGUGUGUGUGUGUGUGUGUGUGUGUUUGUGUUUGUGUGUGUGUGUGUUUGUGUGUGUGUGUGUUUGUUUGUGUGUGUGUUUGUGUUUGUGUGUGUGUGUGUGUGUGGCGUCCUUAUCUUCCUAUAUUACUUACGGUCUGUCACUGCAGUGUGCUGCCUCUCUCUGACUGCCUGCCCGCUGUUUUGCUCGUGUCCAGCUCGUUAUGUCCCGUCUGUCUGUCUGUCUGUACGCCUCCGUGCAGGUCGCUGAGGCCGCGCGGUCCUGCAGAACUCGCCAUGCUGCUUCUGGGUCAGAACCGUGGCCCCACCUUGGCUGUUCUGUUUCUAUACACCUGGGCCUACUUUCCAGCUGAUGCGAUUGAACUCACCCCUAAAAUCGAUGGGCAGAUGCACUCUGCACUGACACUGAAGGAGAAUGCCACCCACCGCUUUAACUGCCAAUCAGAGGGCUCGAGCACUGGACAUCCUCACCUGCUCACCUGGUACCUGAAUGGGGAGAGGCAAAAGCACCCUGAAGGCGAUACCGUGGAGCAGCUGGUGGCGACCUCACAUGGAGGGCCACGGGCCCCGCAAGUGGGAUCUACGCAAACUAGCACGUUCACCCUACAUGCCAGGAAAUGGGACAGAGAGCUGGUGUGUGUGGCCUCUCACCCCCGCACUGGCAUUAGCUACAACGCCACGGUCGUGCUCAACGUCCAGUAUCAGCCGGAGAUUUUGCGAGUAAAUGCCCAUUACAGUGAGACCUCAGACCCUGGCCUAUCCCUAGUUUUGUUUGCUUUGGUACGUUCCAAUCCCCCUGCCACCAUAACCUGGGUGGACCAGGCCGGGCGGCCGGUGGCCAACACCUCUGACUUCUUCAUCCUGGACUCACACAGCUACCCCUGGCUGACCAAUCACACGCUGCGUGUGUCUCCCAGCAGCCUAACAGGAAAUGUCUCCUUCAAUGCCAGCAAUAGUUUGGGUUCUGCCCAGAGCAACCUCACGCUUGCAGAAUUCCUGCAGUCCCGAGUGGAGGUGCCAUUGCUGGGAAUUGUGACAGGGGGCGCUGUUGGGUUUGUGACGCUCCUCAUCCUCACCCUGCUUUUAUUUUUCCUGAUGCACAAAAACAAGGGGAAAAAAAUAGACGAACCAGUGGAGAUGACGAUCCGGAAGAGCAGUGAAUCUGACCAGAUGCAGCUGGACCAUGUUAUUCUGCCCCGGGAGAACAUGUCCCUACCUUCUAACCUGCAGCUCAAUGAGCACAGCGCCCUCUGCAAAGGGAUGGGGGAUUCCAGUGCAGGUCCAAUGCAGAAACAGGCCGACGACGACGGGUGCGACUUGUUGGCUGCCUACGCUGCCAAAGGGUUUUCCAGAUUCCCUAUGGUGGGCUACAUUUACAAGGUCAACAGCGUGAGUAGCGAUGAAGUUUGGCUCUGAAAGCACCUCAACCGGAAUACCCAGUAUUCAAGAAGACCUGCAAAAUGACUAAUCACUCCAAACAAUCAGGACCAGGAGCACUGGCUCCUCAUCAGAGUUAAACGAUGGAGUGAUCAAUAAGCCCAAAGCUGGAGAUGAAGAGAUACAUUAGUCAAAGCGUCCUCCUGUGAUCAGUCCUAUGUUCGGCAUUCAAUGCAACAACACCACCACCAGGGGGAGCAGUUUAGUAAGUAACUGCGGGUCGUCUAUGCAUGAACGCUGCUUUGUUUGCCUAACCCCCUUUCCAUUAGUUAUUAAGAGUGCAGCGUCAGUCUCUACCCUGAGUACUCAUUUUGGUCCAGGAUCCGACAUUUUAACCAUACUUCAAUAAAAAGACAUAAAGGGCUUGGUUAUGUACUUUUUGGGUCAGUAUGUAUACACGCUGACCGCAGCACAGCCUUCUCCAGACUUCCUGUUUCUUUGUGGAAUGUUACGUGUAUAUAAUUCUGUGUAUGAUGUCAAAUAAUAUAUUUAUAUAUAAGAGGUAUUAUACUGUGAAUGCUGAAGUACAUAACUGGGACGAUAUGUGUAUAUGAUACAAUAAAUAUGAGGACAAAUACACUGUUUUUGCUGACUGAUCGCUGUCAACGUCCCAAGUGGAAGAAAUCAAUAACAAAAAUGAGUAGAAUGAGCAGCA